GUUCACAUUUAUCGGGUCGAUUGGUCCCUGAUCUUGCAAACCUUACAGAAUUACAGCACUUAGAACUACAUGACAAUGACAUAAGUGGUGAAAUUCCUCUAGAGCUUGGCAACUUAGCAAACCUGGUUUCUUUGGAUCUCUACAAUAACAAAUUGACCGGCAUGCUGCCUGCUUUGCACCAGUUCACAAAGCUUGUUUACAUGAGGCUCAACAACAACCUCUUGAGUGAAUCUAUUUACAUUACAAUACAAAGCCUUACUGCGCUCCAAACUCUGGAUCUCAGCAAUAACCAAUUCAGCGGUUCACUUCUUAUGGAUUUCACACUCAUGACUAGUCUUAGGACGGUGAAACUCAACAAUAACAAACUCACGGGUCCCAUUCCUCCCGAACUGGGUAGCAUUGAAGGCGGCCUUGACACUCUGGAUCUGAGCGGCAACUGCCUCACGGGUUCCAUCCCUAGAGCUUUGGCCAACAUUUCUUAUGUGAAUCUCAGCAAUAACAAUCUCACGGGUAACUUUCCUCACGAUUUUGCUGUAGGCCGCCUUAAAACUCUGGAUCUGAGCGGCAACUACCUCACGGGUCGCAUCCCUAGUGCUUUGCUCAACAUUGAUUAUGUAAAUUUGUCACGCAACUGUUUAGAUCUGAAACACAAUCCAUUCAAGGACAAUCCAGGAGUUGUGGCGGAUAACAACAACCCAGCACGUUGUGAUUCGGUCGUCAAGCGAAUGUUGUUGUUGUCGUCGUCGUCACUUGUUCUGAUGUCAUCUGUCUCUGCCAUCGUUCUGGAAGGUGAUGCUUUGAUGGAAGUGAAGAAGAGUUGGAAAGAUACAAACAAAGUUCUGAAUAGCUGGAAUAAUACAGCUCAGAGCGAUCCCUGCAACCCCCAACCGUGGGACUAUAUUACAUGCGGAGACUACGAAAACACUGCCGGUGAUUCAAUUGAAGUUGUUACCGAGAUUAAUAUCACAAAUGCGGGAUUAACCGGUCAACUGGGAGGCCUGUUUCCUCCUCUUGCCAAUCUUUCUCAUUUAGAGUUAUUGGAUCUACAAGGAAAUAACCUAUGUGGUGAAAUUCCUCCCGAGUUGUUCGACUUACCUCUUCUAACGGAAUUGUCUCUGGACAAUAAUCAAUUGACCGGUAUCAUCCCUGAAAAUGUAGGCCAAGCUCCAGAACUUGCUACUUUGAGUCUCAAAAAUAACUGGUUGAGUGGUACUAUUCCUGAGUCAAUAACCAACAUUAGUGGUCUCUUUAAACUGGAUCUCAGCCAAAACAAGCUUACCGGUCCCAUCCCUAAAUCAAAUUGGGGAGGCUUCCUUGCACAUCUGUAUCUCGGAUAUAACAGUUUUAAUGGCAGUAUUCCCGACUCAUUUACCGAGCUCCCUAAUUCUGUCGUAAAUCUGGAUCUCAGCAAUAACAAACUCAACGGUUUCAUCCCUCCGAUGGAUCCCAUGGGAUUUUUUCAAACUGUAGAUUUGUCAUACAACUGUCUAGAUCUUGAUGGAAAUACACUGAAAAGCACCAAAACAAGGAAUGUCACGUUGUUACCCAACGACCCAAAUGGUUGUCCUCAAUCCUAGACGACCGUGAACGAGAAUUGUAAAUGCAUGAGAAAGUACUGUGCAAUCAUCACCAUCCUAUCAUCAUCUCUGUUUAGUCAUAUUUCCUUAUAAUU